GGUCGGUCGGUCAGCUAGUUUCGUGUUCGGUUACAAAAACGGAGUCUCCUUGGAGGGCAAUUUCAGCUGCUCGUGGUGGCGCGCGUCGUGACAGUGGGCAAAAGUUUUUCAAUUAUCCACCGUUUAGCGAGUGUUAAAUAUUUAAUACAAAUCGUGUCGCUUUAGCCAAUGCGAGGAAAGGACUUUUGCGUGUCGGUGUACCGGUCGUCUUAAACCAAAGUGAAAACUGUGCAGUCGACGGACGGCAGUUUUCUUUUGAAAAGUGGUUGCUGUGAUUGAUUGCCGGAAGCAGUUGAUCAAUAAAAGCUCGCUCGCUUUCUUUUUUGGGACAACAGGAACAUUGAAUGCUCUUAUAUGGACAUUGACACACUAUACCUUCAACUCCUUCUUUUGCUGAAGCAAGGAAUCUCCAAAGGGAUGAUGCCCAACUUCUACGAUGGAUCCCGUCCGACGAUGGUACCCACCAGCUCCAAUCUACCGUUGCUGCUGGGCAAUACCGUCAAUCAAGGGGAUUCAAACUCCAAGAAGCUGGCACAUUUCGAUCUCGAAGCAACCCUGCAGACAAUCGACAACGAGGUGCUCGACGGUGAGGAGGGAAGCUGCCCGAUAUGCAACAAAACCUUCAGCCGUAAAACCUCGCUGCUCAACCACAUCCGCAAUCACUCGGCGGAGAAGAAAUACGUGUGCGAAUUUUGUCAGAAAGGAUUCACGCAACAAGCUAACCUACGGAACCACGUUCGAAUCCACACCAACGAACGGCCAUACGUUUGCGUCGACUGUGGGAAAGCCUUUACUCAGAUCACCAAUCUGAAUAACCACAGACGAUUGCAUACGGGCGAACGACCGUACGUUUGCAUAGAGUCCAACUGUGGCCGCUCGUUUGCGCAGGUCACAAACCUAAACAAUCACAUGAAAACACACCACAAAACCACCCUGUACGUAUGCAAUCAGUGUCCGCGCAAGUUUAGCCAAGUUACUCAAUUGAACCUUCAUUUAAUUACCAACCACAGUUCGACUAGAGGCUUUUUCUGCCCACAGUGCCCCGAUAAGUCGUUCAAGCAGCAGUCCCAUCUGCAGCAGCACAUGAAAAUACACGGGACCAACUUCGGGUACUCGUGCACCAAGUGUGAGGAAAAGUUUAUCCAGGAAUCGCACCUGCUGCUCCACAUGAAGCAGCACGGCGAUUACGCGUGCACCAUGUGCUCGAUGACAUUUAACGACGAGGUGCUGUUGAAGAAGCACGUGCAAAGGCACGUCGAUGGGAGAUACCUUACCUGUCCGGUGAUUAGCUGCAGCGAGGGCUUCACGAUGAAGAACCAUCUCACGAAACACAUGCAGAUGCACCAUCCCGCGGUCGAUCUGAAGAAGCUGGGCGCGCUGCCCGGUGGCAACAAGACGCCGAAGCACUUCUGCCACUACCACAACUGCAACGAUUCGUUCGACACGGCGGAUGGGUUGAGCAAUCAUCUGCGGGUGGCCCAUGGGCUUCCGAUCGCGCUACCGCUGCCGGCACUGCCCGUGGACGACAAGAAGCUCAUCCAGCACGGGCUGCACGGGCUGAACGGGAUGGAAACGCCACCGCCACAGCCACCGGCAUCCCAUCUGCUACACUCGCAGCUGCAUCCGGCCGCAUCGGUGAUGAAUGCCAGCUUCCAGUCAUAUCAGAACCAGAUCAAUCAGGCAAAUCAGCAGCAGCAGGCGAACGGCGCCAACGGAGAUCACAAACAAAAGGUUCUUUCUGUGUCGGAACUGCUUAAUAUAAGCGAGCAAUUGAGCCAACACCAUCAGCAGCAGCAGCAACAAGUGCAAUCCCAUCACCAACAGCAACAACACCUUCAUCAGCAGCAGCAGCAGCAGCAGCAACAGCUUCACCUGCAGCAGCAACGAUCCGAGAUGGCCAUGAAGGUCGACAUCGAUCAGCAGAACCUUGACGAAAAGAUGAGCAAUUUCAAUCGCAUUAAGACGGAGCUGCAGGCCAACAUGCUGGCCCAGACGCAAAACCUGUUCGGCAUCUCCAACACGCUCGGCAACAGCUUCAACGUGCAGCCGAAGCUGAUCUGCACCUACUGCUAUAAUGUCUUCAAGACGCCCCAAACGCUUUCGCGGCACAUUGAAAAGUUUCAUAGCUAAACUGCCGAUUACUUCUACCACCGGUCGGAUUAGUUGGGUGUGUGUGUGUGUGGUUUAACCCCCUUUUUUAUGUUCCAAUGGCCAUACAGCAGCGAAGGCAACCACAACCAAGGCUCGCCGCACAACAGCCGUAAUGUAGUUGAGUUGUGAAUCGCUUCAGAAGUGAUUUGCGAGCAUUUCAGUAGAACAACCACACCAACAUUUAGUAUGAUUAAGUUUUAGUAUACGUACACGAGCUGGAGAGGAGGGAGAGAACGUACGAAGAUAGAGACUUUUAGCAUUAUUCUGACCACUUUACUUUACCAGCAGCCAUCAUCUCUUUCAGUAGCCCCCCCGUUUAGCUGAAGGCACUUGGGCACCCACAUUAUGUUGUACAAAAUGUAAUAAGCUACCAAAAAAAAAAGGAACCUUCCCCGUUAGCGUAGUAUUAGCGUGUGCCACCGGGAAGGUCCGGUCUCUUCUCAGAAAGUAAAGGCUUUUCGGUGUAUUUAGAGCGAAUGCGGUCGCACGUGCGGUGCUGCAAGGGCGCGAAACCAGCAAAAAAAAGUACAAAAUGAACAAACAAUUUUUAAGGAACAUUAUUAACGUGUGGCACGAAACGAUGUUAUAUCAGUGUAAAACGGGAGAGAAAACAUGCGAUAGAUAAAACGAGGAGACAAACAAACAAACAAACAAA